UUACGCAACCUUCCAUUAUAACCGAAAAAGAAGAGGUUCCUCUCCCUCCUCCUCUCUCUCUCUCUCUCUCUCUCUCUCUCUCUCUCUCUCUUCCUUUCUCUCGACAUUAGGGUUUCUGCUUCUCCGUGUUCAUUCGCGUAGGAGACACUAGGGUUACUCUUUCUUUUCUCGGAUCAAUGAGACGCGAAACCUAUAAACACGACAAAUUUUCGUGUAAAAUUGGCCUUGUAGAUCCGAAGAUCGUCCAAUUUUUAGGCUUUUCCGAUCGAUUCGUGAAAAUCCUUUUCCGCUGAAGGCGUCGAUCGUGCGAGAAUUCGUGAUCGAAUCGAACCCUGGUGAGGAGAGGGGAAGGAGAUGGGGAACACGGGGAGCACGGGCGGCGGCGGCGGCGGGAACGGUCGCCGUAGGAAUUCGAGCCACCACCACCACAACCACCAUCAGGCGCCGCCGCCGUUCGGCCCCGCGCCCCCGCCGCCGCCCGCGCAGCAGCCGCCGCAGGAGGUCGCGCCCAACCGCUACGUGUUCGCCGCGGCCACGCCGUACCCGCCCCAAUACCCUAAUCCUAACCCGCCUCAGUACUACCAAUACGCCGGAUACUACCCUCCGCCGCCCCCGGUCAUGCCAGUGCCCCUGCCGGCGCCCUAUGAUCACCACCACCACCGCGGCGGCGGCGGCGGAGGCGGCGGGCCAAAUGUGGAGUACCCGGCCCACCACCCGGGAUGGGCCGGGCCAGGGAGGUACCCAUGCGGCCCACCGCCGCCCAUGCCGGCUCCUUAUGUGGAGCAUCAGAAGGCGGUAACGAUAAGGAACGACGUGAAUCUGAAGAAGGAGACUCUGAGGGUUGAACCUGAUGAGCAGAAUCCGGGACGGUUUCUUGUUUCUUUCACUUUCGAUGCCACAGUAUCUGGGAGUAUCACUCUUUUCUUCUUUGCAAAGGAAGGAUUUGACUGCAAUUUCACUGCAAUGAAAGACAAUUUGCUUCAACCGGUCACAGUGUCCUUCAAGGAAGGCCUUGGCCAAAAAUUCAGGCAACCAUCUGGAACUGGAAUUGAUUUCUCUUUAUUUGAAGAUUCAGACUUAAUGAAAGAGGGAGAAAUGGACGUGUACCCACUUGCAGUAAAAGCAGAAGCUUCUUCAUAUAACACUCAAGGUUCAGAUGGUGAAAACCAGAAGAUUGGAUCUCCCAACUCGCAGAUCACCCAGGCCGUGUUUGAAAAAAAAGACAAUGGUGAUUAUCAAGUAAGAGUGGUUAAGCAGAUUCUUUGGGUGAAUGGAACUAGGUAUGAGUUGCAGGAGAUAUACGGAAUAGGGAAUUCUGUCGAUGGUGACAAUGAUGGAAAUGAUCCUGGGAAAGAAUGUGUGAUUUGUCUUUCUGAACCGAGAGAUACUACCGUACUCCCAUGCAGACAUAUGUGUAUGUGCAGUGAAUGCGCCAAGGUCUUGAGGUUCCAAACCAACCGAUGCCCGAUAUGCCGCCAGCCAGUGGAGCGACUCUUGGAGAUUAAGGUCAACAACAAAGCCGAGGAGAGUCAAGAGGUUUAGCAUGGGCUUCUCGACUAAAUAUAGUAUAUGUGCCUCUCAAAAUUAUAUUAUUUUCGAGGCAGGCCUUAAUAAAAGGGACAGGUGGUGAAAUGUGGCUUACUAUCUUGUUUGUAAUUCAUAUAUAUAUAUAUAUAUAUAUAUAAGCAUUUGGUAUAAUGGUGUUUGCUGCUUUCGGGCAAGUAGAACAUUGCUGAUGAGUGCUUUCCUGCAAUCUUCAUAUGUAUUCUGCGUAUUAGAUACAUGGGAGAUGUUUGCUUUCAUCGUGCCCUAAAAAAAAAAAAGCAUGCUCUCUAUGUUUUAAGUUUCUGAUAAGUGCACGUAUUGUGAAUGUACUGGAACUUUGAGGCCUGUUUGGCAUUGAGGACUAGAUUGUACAGGAUGGUACUACUGCAGAGUAAUGCUCAGGGAGAAGGAUGGUUUAGUGAGCCUGAGUCUGUGGAGUUUGGGAGAGGUUGGGAUUAGCCCACUUUUGCCCAACACUUCCCCAUCGUGACACUCGACUCCAAGUGGCUAACCUUUUCUUUGGGGUUUGUGGGAUUGCUUAUUGUUAUUUAAGACAAUGCUUGUUGGUACUUGGAAAUAUAGUCAACUAUUCACUUCA